CGAGAGCCCUGGCAUGCAGUCACGAGUUGCGCGCCGCGCAAAGAGAUCCUUGCGAAAAGCGUAAGUCCGUGACGUUGAAGUUGGCCGAUGAGGCUUGCUGAGACUUGACAAUCACCGGCAAACAAUCAAUAUCGACGAAUAGCAGCGUAGCUCUGGAGCAGCUGUACAAAACACUCGACCUCGUCACUCUCCCACGCACAGCCACUGUCCUGGAAGCUUGCGAAAGAGCGGUGUGCAGGUGAGACGAAUCAACCGCCUCAACCUUCUCUCACGCUCUUCCUGUCACGAGCCCCACUGCCGCUGCCACUGCCGCCAUCAAUCAUAGCCUUGCUCUUCUCAGCGUCUUGUCUCCGAUUGGCAGCUCUGGCUCAAGAUGAGUGCUUCUGCGGGGACGUCAGCCUCUGCAGCUCUGGUGCGCAUGUCUGGCGUACGAACAGCCCGCUCCUCCUCUGCUGCCAGACCUUCCUCUUCGUAUCGUCUUUGCGCCUUCAGCACGUCAUCAAAAUCCAGCAACGUGUCUCCCAACUCGCCAGAGAAUACCGCCAGCGCUGCAGAAGAGGCCUCCCUUCGAACGUCAAGCGUCAAUACCACCGCUUCUGGUCCCGAUGAAUCGAAGGUGCAAUCCAGCCUACCGAAAGGCAAGGGAAAGAUUUCUGCCGCCCUGCUCCUCGCAAGAUCUCCAGUAAUCCUUCGCCAGCCAUCGCCGCUCGAGUCCGCCUACUUUCAAUACAAUCAAAAGCUCUCCGCAGCACUCGAACAACCUUUUGUAAAGGACUUUUACUUCAAAAAAGGAUCUGCUGCAGAACAAAAGUUCGAGGCUGACCAAGCAGAACGCAGGCAAAUACUCUCAGGCCAAAAGACGUCAUCGCGCGCUGAUUUGGAAAACGACACUGCACCGGUACAAGUUGGUGGAACAGAGGCCGAAGCGGAGCUGUACACCACCCAGCCCAGGCGGACGAAAGCGGAUGUCGAGGGUGUCACAGCUACCCUGGACAGAAGGUUGGAGCGCACGCUGUAUCUCGUCCUCAAGGAGGGAUCUAGCUGGAGGCUACCCUCAAAGCUGCUGGAUGAUGGCGAGAGUCUUCAUGCGGCUGCUCCCAAGCCUGUGCACGCAGCUUUAGGCAAAAAUCUGGACAUGUGGCUUGCUUCCCACUUGCCCGUCGCGGUGUUGCCCAGCGACACUCCCGCGACCAUCGACGACGAUGCUACGUACAUUCUGCGAGCUCAGCUGAUCGCGGGUGCCGCCUCGCCAAAGACGAAUACUUCAGGUUACGCCUGGCUGACACGCGAGGAGAUGCAGAAUGCCCUGUCGCCAAGCCAAGGCGCAAACAAAGAUGAUGUGUCACACUGGCAAGGAAUCCAGGAUCUGCUCAACGAGUAAUGUCCCAUGCAUAAUUUGUCAAAUCCGCGCACUUUCGAAUGUCGGAUUUGUCAGAGACGUGCUUUGCGUGCACGCUGAAGCAGCGGUGUGACAAAAGCCGUGAGGAAUACAAUGAAAUGAAAUU